GUGCGUCUUUGUCAGAGGGUCUGUACUGAAGCAGUGCCUCAUUAUUCGAGAGGGUUUGGUGUGAGGCAGUAUCUGAUUGGUGCAAGGUCAGCCCUAAGGGAGUGCCUCUUUGUCAGAGGGUCAGUCCUGAGUUAGCGACUCAUUGUGAGGAGUUCAGAAUUGAGGGACUGACACGUGAUGAGAGGGUCAAAACGGAGGUAGUGUGGCUGUAUCUGACAGUCCGAAGGGAGUGCCAUUGUUAGAAGGUCAGUUCUGAGAAACUGCCUCCGUGUAAUGGCAUCAGCAUUGAAGCUAACCACGUGACGAGCCGAUAAAAACUAAGUUAUUGCAGGAGCAUCAGAGGGCCAGAUCUGUAGGAGUGCAUUAUUUUCAGAGGUGAAUACUGAGGCACAGCCUCAGUGUAAGGGGGUCAAAAUUAAGGGAGUGCCACACAAUUACAGGGCAGUACGGAAGUAUUACAGCACUGUGUGCGGCGCAGAAUCGAUGGAGUGCAUCAUUGUUAUCCAGCCACAAGUGAGGCAGCGCCUCAUUGUAAUGGAUCAGAAUAGGGUCAGUACUGAGAGUCAGUACAGAGGUAGUGCAGAACUGUGGAGGUGUCAGAACUGAGGGAGAGCACCAUUGUCAGCUGGUCAAAAGUGCCCCAUUGUCGUAAGAUCAGAACUGAGGGUGUGCUGCACGAUGAGAGGGUCAAUAUAGAGGAAGUGACUCUGUCAGUGUUAAUACUGAAGUAUGACCUCAUCUUGAGGGGAUCAGGCUUCAGAGAAUGCACUGUUGUCAGAGGGUCGGCACUGCAGCAGGGCUAUGUUGUAAGGGGGUCAGAAUUGAAGGAGUGCCACCCAUUUUAGAAGGUCAGUACAGAGGUAAUCUAGCACUGUCAGAGGUAAGUCCUGAUGGAGUGCCUCAUUGUCAUUGGAUCAGUUUUCAGGCAGUACCUCUUUGGCAGAGCGUCAGUACUGACGCAGUGCCUGAUUGUAAUGGGAUCAGAAUUCAAGGAGUGCCACUGCCUCACUGAGGUACUGCAGCUCUAUCAGAGGGUCAGUGGCCUAUUGUCAGAGGGUCUGUUUGAGCCAGUGCCUACUUGGCAGAGUGUCAGCAAUUAGGGAGUUUGCCUUUAUCAGAGGGUCAGCACUAGAGAGUGCAUUUGUAGCAGCGUGUCAAUAGUCAGCCUUGUCCGCCCGAGUCCAACACCAGCACCUCCACAUCAUCCGCCCACCCUGAGGACUGACCCUCCACCAAUGAUCUACUGCCUCACACUGGACUGACCAACAAUGAGACACUGUCCCUCCAGACCCCCUGACAAAGAAGCAGUGCCUCAGGACUGACUGUCAGGCAAGGAAGGCUCUCUGUCAGUACUGACCCUCUCACAAGGAGACACUGCCUCAGAUCAUGACCCUCUGACAAUAAUGCACGCCCACAGUUCAGAUUCUAUGACGCUGUUGCAGUACCUCAGUACUGAGUCUCUGUUAGUGUGGCACUGCUUCAAUUCUGACCCUUCUAUAAUGAGACACUGCCUCAGUAUCGACAGUCUGACAAUAGUUCACUCCCACUAUUCUGAUGCUCUGACAGUGCUGCUAUACCUCAGUACUCACUAAUUAACAAUGAGGGUUAGCGUGAGAGGGUGGCGAGGGUUAGGGUUUGGGUUAGGACCAAGGCUAGGGGUUAGGUGUGAGGAUUGGACGAGGUUUUGGAUGAGGGUAGAGUUAGGGUGAGGGAUGAGACUUGUGUUAGGGUGACUAAUGAGGUUAAGUUUGGAGUUCGGGGUAGGGCUCGGGAGAGGUUUUGGGUUAAGGCUGAGGUUAGGCUUCGGGCUGAGUCUAUGGUUAGGGUUAGAGCUCAGACCACAUUUAGGUUUGGGGCUGAGGCUUCUGCUUAGGUUGAGGGUGAGUGUUAGGCCUGAGGCUAGGCUUAGGCCUGAAGCCGCGGUUAGGUUUGGGGUUGGACUGAUUAGACCCACUCUGACCCAUUACAAUGAGGUACUACCACAGAACUGACUCUCUGUCGAUAAAGAACAUGAGAUGCUGUCAGCUUGUCCAAUCAGAAGUCCAAUAUUAAGGAAAUAGUGCACUGUUGGAGAGUUGAUAAAUAUAAUAUAAUAUAAAGGGAGUGCUGCACUGUCAGAGGGUUAAUGACGUGGGAGUGCUGAAAUAGCGCAGAAUCAGACCUGAGAGAGUGCUGCACGUUCAGAGAGUUAGUACUGAGGGAGUGCUAUAAUGUCAGAGGAUUGAUAUCAAGAGGCACCGCCGAAGGAUCAGUAGCGCAGUACUGUCCGAAGGCCAAUAUUGAGAGAGUUCUGCUGCGUCGGUGGGGGUCGAUAUUACAGAAUUGCGACACUAUCAGUGUAUGGAUGUCAGACGUAGCACGCUGAGUAUUGUUAUCCCGAUAGUUCUUUCGUAUCAGUCCGUGUGUAUUCCUGGGCGAAUGUGCUCGUGUGGUCUCAGGAGUUGCGGAGGUCACGGCUCUGGGACAGCCGUUUCAUCGCUCUAUGCUGCAGGAAAAAAGCAAUGAAAGUGCCGUUAAUGUUUUGCAUGGCGAGCUGCUGCACACUAACCGGUCUCACACCAUUACCAUCACCUUGCCCUUGUGAAGGCAGAUAUGGAUAAGGUUCUCAAAGCUGAUAGAAGAUUGAAACCACUCUAAUCCUGUGACGAUGAACCUACCCCGGAAGAGAGAGCCCAGAGAAUUGCCAAAGCUGUCCGCAAACAGUCAACAGAAGUGAAGGAAAAUUGGGAGCAAUUGAAAACCCGUGCGAGCAACUGGCAGAAACAGGUGGAAAAGGCGUUGGAGAAACUUCAAGAACUGCAGAAAGCGCUGGAUGAUCUUGAGGCUCAUGUGAUAACAGCUGAGGGGGUCCACACUGAUUGGCAACCUGUGGGUGACCUGCUUAUUGACUCAUUGCAGGAUCACAUUGAUAAAACCACAGGUAAGGACUAUCUGCAAAAUCUGAGAUUGGGUUUUGAAAGACAGCAGCCUUUGUUUUGGAGAGAUAAUGGGAACUGCAGAUGCUGGAGAACGCGAGAUAACACCGUGUGGAACUGGAUGAAGACAGCAGGCCAAGCAGCAUCUCAGGAGCACAAAAGCUGACGUUUCGGGCCGAGAACCUUCUUCAGAAAAUGGGGAGGGGGUGCGGGUUCUGGAAUAAAUAGGGAGAGAGGGGGAGGCGGAUGGAAGAUGGAUGGAGGAGAAGAUAGGUGGAGAGGAGAGUAUGGGUAGGGAGGCAGGGAGGGGAUAGGUCAGUCUGGGGAGGCCGGACAGGUCAAGGGAGCGGGAUGAGGGGUAAUAGGGGUGCGGCAUGAGGUGGGAGGGGGGAUGGGUGAGAGGAAGAAUAGGUUAGGGAGGCAGGGACGAGCUGGGCUGGUUUUGGGAUGCAGUGGGAGGACAGGAGAUUUGGAAGCUUGUGAAAUCCACACUGAUACCAUUGGGCUGCAGGGUUCCCAAGCAGAAUAUGAGUUGCUGUUCCUGCAACCUUCGGGUGGCGUCAUUAUGGCACUGCAGGAGGUCCAGGUUGGACAUUUCCUCUCAGGAAUGGGAGGGGGAGUUGAAAUGGUUCGUGACUGGGAGGUGCAGUUGUUUAUUGCAAACUGAGCGGAGGUGUUCUGAAAAGUGGUCCCCAAGCCUCUGCAUCGUUUCCCCAAUGUGGAGGAAGCCACAACGGGGACAGCGGAUGUUUUGGAUAUUUCUUAAGCAUUGAUUUUCAUUCAGAGUUGGUUGGAUUUUGCUGAAGCAAUAGACAUAACUCACUAUGACAUAGACAAUGUCAGAGUUAAUGUUUCGCGUCCUGUGACCCUUCCUCAGAUCUCAGUCUUCACUGAUGCUGCCAGACCUGCUGAGCUUUUCCAGCAACUUCUGCUUUUGUUGCUGAUUUACAGUGCCCACAGUUAGAACAUAGAACAUAGAACAGUACAGCACAGAAAAGGCCCAUCAGCCCACAAUGUUGUGCCGACCAUUGAUCCUCAUGUAUGCACCCUCAAAUUUCUGUGACCAUAUACAUGUCCAGCAGUCUCUUAAAUGACCCCAAUGACCUUGCUUCCACAACUGCUGCUGGCAACGCAUUCCAUGCUCUCACAACUCUCUGCGUAAAGAACCUGCCUCUGACAUCCCCUCUCUACUUUCCACCAACCAGCUUAAAACUAUGACCCCUCGUGCUAGCCAUUUCUGCCCUGGGAAAUAGUCUCUGGCUAUCAACUCUAUCUAUGCCUCUCAUUAUCUUGUAUAUCUCAAUUAGGUCCCCUCUCCUCCUCCUUUUCUCCAAUGAAAAGAGACCGAGCUCAGUCAACCUCUCUUCAUAAGAUAAGCCCUCCAGUCCAGGCAGCAUCCUGGUAAACCACCUCUGAACCCUCUCCAAAGCAUCCACAUCUUUCCUAUAAUAGGGCGCCCAGAACUGGACGCAGUAUUCCAAGUGCGGUCUAACCAAAGUUUUACAGAGCUGCAACAAGAUCUCACGACUCUUCAACUCAAUCCCCCUGUUAGUGAAAGCCAAAACACCAUAUGCUUUCUUAACAACCCUGUCCACUUGGGUGGCCAUUUUAAGGGAUCUAUGUAUCUGCACACCAAGAUCCCUCUGUUCCCCCACGCUGCCAAGAAUCCUAUCCUUAAUCCUGUACUCAGCUUUCAAAUUCGACCUUCCAAAAUGCAUCACCUCGCAUUUAUCAAGGUUGAACUCCAUCUGCCACCUCUCAGCCCAUCUCUGCAUCCUGUCAAUGUCCCGCUGCAGCCUGCAGCAGCCCUCUACACUGUCAACGACACCUCCGACCUUUGUGUCGUCUGCAAACUUGCUGACCCAUCCUUCAAUUCCCUCGUCCAAGUCAUUAAUAAAAAUUACAAACAGUAGAGGCCCAAGGACAGAGCCCUGUGGAACUCCACUCACCACUGACUUCCAGGCAGAAUCUUUUCCUUCUACUACCACUCGCUGUCUUCUGUUGGCCAGCCAAUUCUGUAUCCAAGCAGCUAAGUUCCCCUGUAUCCCAUUCCUCCUGACCUUCUGAAUGAGCCUACCAUGGGGAACCUUAUCAAAUGCCUCACUGAAGUCCAUAUACACCACAUCCACAGCUCGACCCUCAUCAACUUUUCUAGUCACAUCCUCAAAACCUCGAUAAGGUUUGUAAGGCAUGACCUACCCCUCACAAAGCCGUGUUGACUGUAUUUGAUCAAGCCAUGCUCUUCCAGAUGGUCAUAAAUCUUAUCCCUCAGAAUCCUUUCCAACAACUUGCAGACGACAGACGUGAGACUUACCGGUCUAUAAUUGCCAGGGAUUUCCCUAUUUCCUUUCUUGAAGAGACGAAUUACAUUUGCCUCUCUCCAGUCCUCAGGUACGACUCCAGUGGAGAGCGAGGAUGCAAAGAUCUUCGCAAGUGGCGAAGCAAUUGCAUUCCUCGCUUCCCAAAGCAGCCGAGGACAAAUCUGAUCCGGGCCUGGCGACUUGUCAAUCUUAAUGUUUGACAAAAUUUUCAGCACAUCAGCUUCGUCUAUCUCUAUCCAUUCCAGCAUGCACACCUGCUCUUCAAACGUUUCAUUCACUACAAAGUUGGUUUCUUUCGUAAAGACAGAAGCACAAGACUCAUUUAGGGCUUCCCCUACCUCCUCAGGCUCCACACACAAGUUCCCUAUGCCAUCCCUGAUCGGCCCUAUGACGCAGGCAAAACUCUAUCUCUGCAGGAAGCAUGAUGCUGUGUUCUCAAACUUCCCUGCCUUUUUGUCAUAUAAUAUUGUCUUUUUAGGACAGAAGUGGCUUUUUUUUGUUUGCUUUGACUUGUGCACAUACUUUCUAUGCAUGUUAAAAUUCUACACCUUUUCAGUUCACUGCAGUGCUGCAUAAUGAAGACUUGGAACAAUUUUUUUUUUAUAAAGUAUAAAAUCAGUGUGGUUUGUUUUCCAAAAUGUGAUGUGUAAGUGCAACACUUAACAGUGUGUUCAUCAAACUAUUGUUUCCUUUGAUCUUUGUGUUGCAGAAAUUUCUAGAAUCAUUUCAUAUAUAUUUUUCUUGAUAUAUUUAGCAGCUUUCCUGGAGCAAGUCUGGUUUCCUUCGGAUGAGACGACUUUCAGACAUACUCCCUUUAUUAUGAGAUUUAAUUGCAGUAAAAUGAGGAGGAUUUUUAUUCACUGAGACACACAUGACUAUAUGUUUAAAGCAUUGGAAAAUGCGUUCUGUUCGGACUGUCAUGUUAUCUGGUGUUUGUACCAGGCUUUCUGAUUAAAUGCAAGUGAUUAAGGAUGCUAAUGAUGCCACAUGUUAUUACAAGAGGAAAUGAACAUACAAGUCAGGAUUUUAUGCCACAUUUAUACAUAGCAUAUACCAUGCAGCAUGGAUGCAGUGACUGAGUGAAAUGGGAUGCAGUGACUGAGUGAAAUGGGAUGCAGUGACUGAGUGAAAUGGGAUGCAGUGACUGAGUGAAAUAGGGAUGCAGUGUCGGAGGGAAAUAGGGAUGCAGUGACUGAGACAAAUGGGAUGCACUGACAGAUGGAAAUGGGAUACAGUGCCUCAGUGAAAUGCUCACAACGAAUUGCCCCCUCCAGUCCUGACCCGCUCUCAGCAACUUGCCCCCUCCGUCCUGCCCCGCUCACAGCGACUUUCCCCAUCCGUCCUGACCCGCUGACAGCGAAUUGUCCCCUCCGUUCUGACCCACUCGCAGCGACCUGCCCCUACAGUCGUGACCCGCUCACACCGACUAGCGCCUGCAGUCCUGACCCGCUCACACCGACUAGCGCCUGCAGUCCUGACCCGCUCACAGUGACUCGCCCCUGCAGUCCUGACCUGCUCACAGCGACUUCUCUCUGCAGACCUGACCCACUCACAGCGAAUUACCCCUGCAGUCCUGACCCGCUCAUUGCGACUUGCCCCUGCAGUCCUGACCCCCUCUCAGCGACUCGCCCCUUCAGUCCUGUCCCAAUCACAAGGACUUGCCCUCUCCAUCCUUACCCGCUCACAGCGACUUGCCCCCUCAGUCCUCAGCCCCUCACAGCGACUUGCCACCUCAGUCUUGACCCACUCACAGCGACCUCCCCCCUCUGUCCUGACCCCCUCACAGCAACCUGCCCCCUCCGUGCUGACCCCCUCACAGCAACCUGCCCCCUCCGUGCUGACCCGCUCACAGUGACUUGCCCCUGCAGUCCUGGCCCCGACACAGUGACCUGCCCCCUCACUCCUGACCCGCUCAACAUUGAGGAAACCAAGCAGAGGCUUGGGGACCGCUUUGCAGAACACCUCCACUCGGUUCGCAACAAACAACUGCACCUCCCAGUCGCGAACCAUUUUAACUCCCCCUCCCAUUCCUUGGACGACAUGUCCAUCAUGGGCCUCCUGCAGUGCCACAAUAAUGCCACCCGAAGGUUGCAAGAACAGCAACUCAUAAUCCGCUUUGGAACCCUGCAACCCAAUGGUAUCAAUGUGGACUUCACAAGCUUCAAAAACUCCCCCUCCCCAACUGCAUCCCAAAACCAGCCCAGUUCUUCCCCUCCCGCGACUGCUUCACAAAACCAGCCCAGCUGUUCCCUUCCCCCGACACCAGCCCAGCCGUUCCCUUCCCCCGACACCAGCCCAGCCGUUCCCUUCCCCCGACUGCUUCCCAAAACCAGCCCAGCCUGUCUCCGCCUCCUUAACCUGUUGUUCCUCUCACCCAUCCCUUCCUCCCACCUCAAGCCACACCUCCAUUUCCUACCUACCACCUCAUCCUGCCUCCUUGACCUGUCCAUCUUCCCUGGACUGAACUAUCCCCUCCCUCCCUCCUCACCUGUACUCUCCUCUCUACCUAUCUUGUUUUCUCUCCAUCUUCGGUCCGCAUCCCCCCCUCUGCCUAUUUAUUCCAGUUCCCUCUCCCAUCCCCGUCUCUCAUGAAGGGUCCAGGCCCGAAAUGUCAGCUUUUGUGCUCCUGAGAUGCUGCUUGGCCUGCUGUGUUCAUCCAGCUCCGCACUUCGUUAUCUUGGAUUCUCCAGCAUCUGCAGUUCCCAUUAUCAGUGGCAUUUUCCGCUUCAUCAAAGUUUGUGCAAAAGCAACACGAUAUGGGGCGGCACGGUGGCUCAGCGGUUAGCACUGCAGCCUCACAGCACUGGGGACCCAGGUUCAAUUCCAGCCUCAGGCAACUGUCUGUGUGGAAUUUGCACCUUGUCCCUGUGUCUGCGUGGGUUUCCUCCAGGUGUUUCAGUCUCGUCCCACAGUCCAAAGAUGUGCACGCUAGGUGGAUUGGCCUUGCUAAAUUGCCCAUAGUGUUCAGGGGCGUGGGUCUGGAUGGGAUGCUCCAAGGUUUGGUGUGCACUUGUGGGGCCAAAGGGCCUGUUUCCACACUGUAGGGAAUCUAAACAAUCCUGUUCCCACAUCUCCAUGUUAUAACCCUGCUGAUCACUGCACACAGAGAUGUUUGAUAACAAAAGGAUAACAAUAAUAUUCAAACCCAGUGCUGGAAAUGUAAUUUAAAUGAGUAUUUGAAAUACAGAGGCCAGUGUCGAUCUUCAAUUCAACUUUUAUUUACAAAUGAUCUGUCUUCAACUUUAGCACUGCCUCAUUCAGAGAUAGUUGCCAGGGUGUCAGCGUCUCUGACCCUCACACUUCUUAUCUGUCAGCCAGGGCUCCCUGAUUUGGGCUGUUCAUAUGGAGCAAUCAGUCAACUCUCAUUCUGAGAGGUUCAACUGGCCGACCUGGUCACAAACCAGUGCGGUGUGUUCAUCGAAAAUCAAACAUGUACUAGAAAGGUACCAUUACAUACUAGUGUAAAGGAAGGCAUGACGCUAAACUGGGGAGAGAAGGGAACUGCUAAUGGGGGGUGGCCCAGAGAGUAGAAGAAAAUCGAAUGGGAAGAUGUUACCAUUUGAGACUGAGGGAGAGAGAUGUAAUUGCCUGAAUGAGGCAUUGCAAUUGCGAAAUGGAUUUUUGUGUGUACACCAUGUUCAGUUUCCCCGAUCUGUGCUCCUCUUUAAAUCAUUAGUAUCUGAAAUUUCUGUAUCAUUUCCAAAUGCUCUGUCUCUAAUGUUAUGCUGUUGGAAUUGGUUGAACUGCAGAGAUAUCAUUUAUUUGCACAAAUGUGUUCAGUGAAAUGAGUUGCAUGCUAUAUAUGUAUUAUUCUUCCUGAUUCUAUUGUACGCACACAAAUUAAAGUUAGUUC